GCUCCUGAGUUGCCUUUGCAGGGUUUGGGUUCUUCGGUGCCGGUGGCUCGCCUUUUGAGUGUUCAGAGUUCUGUGGUUUCCGAUGUUGAAGUGGCCGGGGCGCUCGAUGCAAUGUUAGGCGACGGUGCCAAUGUUUUGCCAGAUAGCAGCCUUCCCAGUGAGACUCGUGCAUCAGACUUGGUGAACACUGCUGCUGGCGAGAGUAUCUGUCCUGGUGCUAUCCCCCAGGCCGAGCUUGACAUUGAUGUCCUUGAAAGGGCUGCUGCUCAGUUUAGGUUUGGGGUUACGGUUACACUUCCCGAGGAUCAAGAAUCUUGUGCAGCGUCUCUUUCAGUACCCGCCGACACGGAGGAUGUAGCCUUGAUCGAUUUGGCUGGCCCAGAAAGCUUGUGGUGGAACCAGGUUCGAGAUUCCGACCCUCACGUGGUUUUGCAACCAGCGUCGGACCCUUUGGAAGGCCACAAUGUUGAUUUUGAAGCUACCUUCAGGAGUGCAUGUCAAGUGCCCCUUGCAUCUAGUGACUUGGAGGCGCUCGCUCAACCGUGGGAUGAGGGUGUCUUUGGGGUGAUCUUUGGGGGUAAGGAUUUUCUUGAUUUACCCGUCAAGAAAGCCGCGCGAAUCUUCAUUGAGGGUGAGGCCGCCAUCCCCGUAGGGGCGUCCGAGGCUGCAGCGAAGAGGGCGCGAAGGACUUCUGAUGAUGUGUCGUUCAGCAAAGUGGUCAAAGCCCAGGCGAUCGUCGAUUGGAAGCAACAGCGUAGUGAGCAACUAGCGAUUGGCUUAGACAUGUGGCUGUGCAUGGUUCUUCAGUGGGGACCUUGCCUACUUGUCUCUCAGUUGGAUGCCUGCUCAUCCAGGGAGGACCAGAUUGAGGUUCUUGGGGACAUCAUGAAAGGCAAGGCACCGUCUACUGUUCUUAAGCGUGCUAGGAGCUUGACUCUGCUGCAUGAUUUCGUCCGUGAGAAGAGUGCUACGUUUCCAUGUGCCGAAUCGCAUGUUUAUGACUUCUUGAAAACCCUUGAGAGAGAAGGAGCGCCACCCAGCCGUUUGUCGUCUGUGUUGGAGGCUAUCAACUUCACUCUGCAUGUGGUAGGAGUGUCAGAACUUGCAGAUGUGAGUAGCAGCCGUCGGUGCAAAGGAAUCUGCACUUCGGAAUUCUUCAAGGAGCCAAACCAAGCAUCACCCUUGACGGUGCAGCAGUUGCAAACGCUACACGAUGUUCUGGAAUCCCAUCCAGACCAGUGGUGCAGAGCAUUUGCAGGAGCCGCUUUGGUGUGCGCGUACAGCAGGUGCCGGUGGAGUGAUGUCCAGCACACAGAGACCAUCCUGUGGGACAUAGGUUUCGAGGAUGACCUUUGUUACAUUGAAUUGCGAAUCGGCCAUACGGAGACUCUGGAGGGCGUGCAGAGUGGACCUUGGGAUCACCGAUUCAGGUUGUUGUUGCAAGUUGAGGACGGUGAUACUCGCAUUGCUUCGAAAUCCAUGAAGGUGGGAUGGACCUGGUGUACAGUCGUGAUGCUCAAGCCCCACUGCUUUGUGAAGGAAGUCAGGGAUGGCUCAUUUCGGCCUGAUGACACCAGGAGUGGACGCUUGCUCACGGAAAGAGCUCAGCCUUUGGUUAGCAGCUUUGUUCCUGAAGUCGGUGGGAUAGGUGGGCCCAGCGUGAUCCCGCAAGCCUCUGAUGUCUCCAGGGUACAGGAGUGCAAAUCUGAGCUUGGCGAAGAGUGUUCAGCUGGUGAGCCAAUCGUCGUGGACAGUGAGUCCGAACCGGGUGCCUCCCCAGGAGAAUCCUCGGAUGAAUCUGAUGAGGACGAUGGGCAACCGAUUGCAUUGGUUGCUCAGGGCCUUGUGGUUCCGGCUGCUUUCCUGCAAAGGUGUUCCGAGGUCAGCUCAGAUGGGUCGCUGCACGCGGCUUUGGUUGCCCAGGGCAUUCGCAAUUUCCGUCAGCUUGCUUUCGCCAUAGGCACCCCCAGAGUAGAGCCGUCGGCUCAGCAGUACUCCGACUUGGCAACACAGGUCUUUGGUGCGAGUCCGGCACUGGGAAAGAUUGCUAUCCUGAGGGAUCUUCACUUUGAAGCCAAGACAUAUGUCAUUCAAGUGUUCAAGGAGCAGGCAACUUCAGACACAGCGGAUGUGCAGAUCAAGCGCUUACCGCUGCCGGAGCGAACAGCUCGUGCCCUUGACCAGCAGCGUAGGCUCAGUGGAGUCGCCAUCACUGGUGAGCUUCAGCCUAAGAGGGAUGCUGAGGUUGCGAUCGGAAUCACGGAAAAGUCUCCUGUCGUUCAUCUUGAGAAAGAUGCGUUGAAGUUGACAGCGCCUCAGCCUAAAAUCCCAGUGGACUUGUCCAGUCCGCUCAACCUUAUGUGGGCUUGGCAAAGACGUGGAAUUGCUAUGGACCAGUGCGGAUUGCUGUCGUGGGCAGUUCACGAACAGUAUGUGCAACGCUUGUUGAAUCUGCUGACUGCUCCAGUCCCGAGCCACUGCUCUCCUGUGCGCACUGAACAGCUUAUCAGGGCUGACAAAGAAGUGUGGACAUUGCUUGCAAGAGAGGUACAGCCACCUUACAAGCCGUUGCCUACCGGGAUUAAGCCAUUGGAUCCCCCUUUUACGAGUAUGAUGUUUGAUCAGCGGAUUCAGGUUUGGCUCACGCCAGUCGCAAGCACUAAUGUCGCAUCUGCUUCAGGUGCAGGUGCAGUGCCCGAGGUGCCAGAUCUUCCUACGCCACAUGGUCCGCAGAAAACCGCGACAAAAAAGAAGAUUCGCAAGAAGGCGCGGGCUCUCAUGCCCGAGUCCUUUGAGAAAUGCCCAAGGUUUUCUAAGGGACCCGUGUGUUGGGCGCAUAAUGGUGAAGGCACAAGCGAUGCUUCUUCCGAUCCAGGUGAACAACCUGCGGUGAAGAAUCCUCGUGUUGAUACUGGAGGCGGCUCAGACUCGCUUGGAGCUCCAGCUCGCCCCACUGCCACAGAAGCAGAGCAUCUGAAUGACUUGAUCGAAUCUCUGAGUCAGAAAACUCUGUGCAGUGAUGACAUCUUGAGGUUGUUUGAUGCUUUGCCCAAAUCCCCUUCUCCUCGUCAGUCGGACGGGAAGGGUCAAUCCUUUGCUGCCGGGAGUUUUGUGCACGGUGGAGCUGUUGGUCUACAUUCUAAUACUAUGGCCUAUGCAGGUGCCGUGAGAUUGAUUUGCAAUUUUCUGAGUGCGCACAUGAAAGGGGUGCCUUUUACUUCAUUCAUUUUCCUGGAUCAAUGUCAGAGUAGUCUGCAUGUUGACGCGAACAACGAGCCCCAGAGCUGGAACAUCAUUGUGCCGAUCAGUUCUUUCCAAGGUGGGGGCGUUUGGUACCAGGCAGAGGAUGGUGAUGUCGUGUGCCCUCAUGACUCGCGCUUGAAGGGCAAAAUUCUCCCUGUUGACAAAGGCCCGCAAUGGCUUGCAGCCACCCGUGACAAGCAUUGCACGUUGUCUUGGUCGGGCAGGCGAUGUGUCCUUGUCGGGUACAACACCCGGUUCGCUGAUCAUUUAAAGGCUCACGAAAUUUGUGCUCUGAAGGAUUUGGGAUUUUCUUUGAGUCCUGCGGUCUCGACAGGGGAACCCAUGCAAAUACCUCCAUCGUUGCAAGUGCAGGAUAUGCUUGUGAUCGAACUGUGUUGCGGCCCUGUCGCUAUCAGCCAUGCGUGUGGAAAGAUCGGCUUCCAAACUUUGGCACUGGAUCGCAAACCUGCUUCUUCAUCUGUGAGAGUCUUGACCUUCGACCUUUUGUGUACAGACAGUGUCGCUGGGCUCACCACCAUGCUCAAACAUGAGGCUUCCCGAGUGGCAAUGGUCUGGGCCCGUGUGCCCCACAGCACCUCUACACCAGCUCGUGAAAGACCUCUUCCACAGUUGAGAGGGAGUCAGUUGCGCGAGCCCAAGCCGUUACGGACUUCGGCCCAUCCGGAUGGUGUCCCCGGGCUUUGUGGGGCAGACAAACGCAAGCUUGAAACCGCCAAUCUGGUUUUUGAGUCGGUCUGCCUUGUGCUGCGUGCAGCCUGCCUUUCAGGCAUUCGCUGUGUUAUUGAGAAUCAUCAGAAUUCGCUCUUUUGGCAGACCUCCUUCUUUCGUGCCCUUCAGGCUCUGAGCCCUCAGUCAUGUUGGGUUCCCUUCCACAUGUGUGCUCAUGGCGGAGAUCGACCUAAACCGUGCAAGCUGUGGACUUCUUCGCACUUCCUUGAUGCCUUGCAACUUACAUGCCCAGGUGAGUCCGAGCACCAUGUGCAUACGUCCUGGAAGCCUGUCUCCAAGGACGGGCGUUUUAGUCAAGCCAUCAGCGUGUAUCCCAGUCUCUUUUGCCAGCGUGUAGCUGGCUUGCUGAGGGAUUCUGUUGUCAAAGAGGGCGCCUCUGAAGCUACAUCUUUGAGUGAGCAGCAAAUUCACACGCCGCCUGUUGCUCGUGUUCCCCUUGGCCUCCAGCCUACGCGGUCACCGGGUGUGCUGCCCGAGUUUGGUUACUACGUUCAUGUCAUCGAUUAUGUUCAAAACUCGGAACCAACUGCAGUGGCGCCGCCAAAAGGGCAUUUUAUUUCUCGGCAUUUGUCCACUUGGGGCGAUGUGCAGGCCGAGAAACGAGUAGCUGCUGUAGGCUUGCACUGUAGGGUUUCCGACCCGCAACCUGGAACCAGGGUGGAGGUUUUCAGGUUUGGCAUCCCCCUUGCUCCGGAUAAGUUUGUGCAAAGGGCUGUACGUGCUGGACACCCAAGAGACUUCGUUGACAGUCUCGAACCGGCCUUGAAAUCCGUGGUCAAAGAGAACCUUCUAGGUGAUGAAUUUUCUUUGGCUAAGCACCGUUUAAAAUUCAUAGCUCGCUGGUCUGCGCGAGCGAAGGAACUUCAAGGCCGUGAGGAUGCACUUCACGCAGCGCUUCCUCCUCACAUCCGUCAGACCUUGAAAGGCAAACGGCUCCUCUUGUGGCAGGAACUGAUUCUUGCGUAUGGUCUCCCGGAUACCAGCCUCAUCGAGGAUAUGCAAAAGGGUUUUUCUUUAAGUGGCUGGCUGCCUGCAAGCCAGGCUUUCCCCACGCAGAUUAAGCGACCCGAGUUUUCCCUUGAAACGUUGAAACUUCUGUCAGGUAGUCUGAACAAAGCCGUGCUUGAAAAAAUGGCGGUGCGACAAGAGCCUUUGCUCGAGCAUGCCACUUGGCAGGCUACGUUGGACGAACUUCAGAGUGGUUGGAUUUGGGAAGCGCCUAAGUUUGAGGAGGAUUUUAAGGUUUACGCCCGCAGGUUUGGCAUAGUGCAAGGGGACAAAACGCGCGUGAUUGAUGACUGUAGUUGUUGCGGCCUCAAUGCAACAGUGGGGACGGUUGAAAAGUUCGUUGUCCAGGCGAUUGAUAGGAUGGCUGCCACGCUGUCUUACGCAAUUGACAUCUCGACGGAGGGAGGCGCUCCGCUUUGCGGCCGAACGUAUGAUCUCAAGUCUGCAUACAAACAAUUCCCUGUAUCAUGUGCAGACCGUGACAUCUUGAGAAUGUUCGUCAACCGUCCAGGCCAAGCCGAGCCGUCGUCGGUGGGCCUGAACGCACUCCCGUUCGGUGCAAUAGGCUCAGUUGCCGCUUUCUUGAGAAUAAGUAUGUCGGUUUUGUUGGGGGUGCUUGCACUUAGGGUAAUCUGGACGGCUUUCUUUGACGACUACAGCGUAGUCUCGAAGGAGGGCCUGAAGCAGAAUACUGCCUUCGCUGUGCAAUCCCUGUUCAACCUUUUAGGCCUUGACUACGCCAAGGAAGGGAAGAAGGCGCCUGAGUUUUCUGGGGUGUUCCAGAUGCUAGGUUUAGUGGUUGAUCUUAGUCAGUUCGAAAGUCGUCUGGUUAAGAUUGGCCACACAGACAAACGCAUCGCUGAGCUAAUGCGCUCUUUGGAUGGAAUCCUUGAAGAAGACAGACUCAGCGCGAAGGAGGCUGAAAGGUUACGAGGUCGCAUGAACUUCUUUGAAGGCCAUGCUUUUGGGAGAGGGCCGACUCAGGCGGUCAGGAAUUUGGAUCGCCAGGCACGGGUAGGUCUCUUGAAGCAAGGUUUGACAGGAGAUGCCAAGACAUCUCUUGGUGUUCUUCGCAGCCGCCUGUUGUCCGCUCGCCCCCUUGAGAUUGGCCCAAAGUUCAGCAAGACUUGGUAUCUCUUUACGGACGGAGCUUUUGAGAAUGGAAAAGGCAGUGUCGGAGCAAUCUUCUACGACCAGUCAGGAGUUGCUCGUGGUGCCUUUGGUGCUCGCGCUCCCGAUGCCUUCAUGCAUCGUGCACUUGAGUACUCUCGCAACCCUAUUUAUGAGCUUGAGCUUAUGCCGGUUCUGUUAGCUUUUAGGGUUUGGCAGAAGGUCUUCAGGUGUGGCCAACUUGUUGUGUACGUGGACAACGAAGCGGCGAAAGCAGCGUUGAUCCGUGCUUGUGCAUCUACGCCAGUCGCAGAAUUGGUCACCGAGAGUGUGCGAUUACUUGAAGAAUCGCUGCAACUCAGGUGCUGGUAUUCUCGAGUGCCUUCAUUGAGCAACCCUGCCGAUGCACCAAGUCGGCUCUGCUUUGAUGGCAUUGAUCCUUCAAUCAUCGUGGAAGCUGCGUCCUUGCAGUGGGAUGUGUUGUCCAGUGUUGGCCGAGUGGGGUGA